CUCAUGUACAGUUCCUCACUCUUUCCACUCCAGCCACACUCAUCUUUUGGGGAUCUUCUAACUUGGGGGCUGACAAGCUUUUUCUGUAAAGGGCCAGGUGGUCAAUAUUUACUUUCUACUUUGCGAGCCACUGCAGUCUUUGUUGCCAUGACUCAACAAACACAGCCAUAGACAAGUGGCUGUGCUCCAAUAAAAAUUUACAAAGAAAGGCCGCAGGCCCUAGUUUGCUGACCCCUGCUCUAACGCAUCAGACACACGUCUGCUUCCAGUCCUCUACACCUGCCACUCGGAUAUGCACACGGCAUUCUCCCUCACUUCCUGCAGGUCUUCACUCAGUCACUUUCAGGGAGCCCUGCCCAGACACAACACAGCCACCCUCCCCAUGCCCUUUCCCUCCUUUGUUUUUCCCUUUUGCCCUUAACAUCUUCAUAUACAUAUACUUACAUAUAUAUAGUGUCCCCCCAAAAUGUAGACACACUUUAACAGUUGGUAGCUCAAUUUUGAAAAUGAAAUGUAUGUUAAUAAACAGGACCUUUAUUUUACAUAUAUAAUUUGCUUAUUGUCUGUGUCUCCACAACUCCCACUGAUUAGCAUAUAAGCUCUAAAAGGGGGGAGAAUUUUCUUUUUCUUACUCUGUCUUGUAUUUUCAGCUGCCUGAACACUGCAAGCAUUCAAUAAAUACUGACUGGAUGACUCAGGUAUAGUACAAAAUCGAGAAAAGGGUAAAUCUCCAUAAAACACUACCCAGAUCAACCCUACAUUGGGAUAAAGUUUCCCAGUAUCUAGAAAGCCCCAGGUCACUAGUUAUGUCAUAAUCGGUGAUGUCAUCAUUGGGGACAUUCUAAAGUUGCCCUCUGAUUUCAGCCUUUCUGACCUUGAAGCCUGUGGGAUCAAGGAACUUUCUGAGAGCGAGAUGGCUCUUGCUAGCAUGUGGGCUCCGCAGGCAAGGAUCAUAGGGGAUGGGCCUGACAAGGGGAAGGGCGAACAGGCCUCCCUGAACACAGAGGCCCUCCAGACGGCCUCCCUAAAGUGUGGUCCAGCGAAGCGUGCGGUGUGGGUCCACCGGAACCGCUUGGAGCCAGAAGAGUCCACGAAAUCAGAAGCCAGGGAGAAGCCCCAGGUAAAGGUGACCAAAGCGGUGGUUGUGGACCUCGGCACUGGCUACUGUAAAUGUGGCUUCGCUGGGCUGCAAAGGCCCACCCACAAGAUCUCCUCGACAGUGGGCAAGCCCUACAUGGAGACCACCAAGACUGGGGACAGACGCAAGGAGACCUUCGUGGGGCAGGAGCUCAUCCAUCCGGAGGUUCGUCUCAAGCUGGUGAAUCCCCUGCGGCACGGCGUCAUCGUGGACUGGGACUCAGUGCAGGGUAUCUGGGAAUACAUCUUCCAUAAAGAGAUGAAGAUCGCCCCAGAGGAGCAUGCGGUCUUGGUUUCAGACCCACCGCUGAGCCCACACACCAACCGAGAGAAGUAUGCCGAGAUGCUGUUUGAGACCUUCAGCACUCCUGCGAUGCACAUCGCCUACCAGUCCCGCCUGUCCAUGUACUCCUACGGCAGGACCUCCGGCCUGGUCGUGGAGGUGGGCCAUGGCGUGUCCUACGUGGUCCCCAUCUACGAAGGUUAUCCUCUGCCCAGCAUCACGGGGCGGCUGGACUAUUCGGGCUCUGAUCUGACAAACUACUUGAUGGGCCUGAUGAACAGUUCGGGAAAACACUUCACCGAGGCCCAGAAGGGCAUUGUGGAGGACAUCAAGAAGAAAUGCUGCUUUGUGGCCCUGGACCCCAUCGAAGAGAAGAGAGUCCCGGAGACGAAGCAUAUGAUCCAGUACACCCUGCCGGACGGGCAGCAGAUAUACCUGGGCCAGGAAAGGUUCCUCUGCUCCGAGAUGUUCUUCAAGCCUUCCCUGAUCAGGUCCAUGCAGCUGGGCCUCCACACCCAGACGGUGUCCUGCCUGAACAAGUGCGACAUCGCCCUCAAACGGGACCUCAUGGGGAACAUCCUGCUCUGCGGGGGGAGCACUAUGCUCAGUGGUUUCCCUAACCGUCUGCAGCGGGAGCUGAGCAGCUUGUGUCCCAAUGACACCCCCCAGGUAAACGUGUUGCCCGAGAGAGAGACUGCAGUGUGGACGGGUGGCUCCAUCCUGGCAUCGCUCCAUGGCUUCCAGCCACUGUGGGUCCACCGCUUUGAGUAUGAGGAACAUGGGCCUUUCUUCAUCUACAGAAGGUGCUUCUGAACGCGAAUGAAGCAUGGUCACUGUGGCUGCCAGGUAUCAGCUUUGCUGGGUGAGCACCCACCGCACACAUAGGCCCAGCACGUUCACUCCGACAGCAUUAAACACUCCGUUCCCCUCCACAGUGUGUUUCUCUAUUUCCUGACUUAAGAACAACUCCAUACAUGCAGCUCUGCCUUAAAAUAUACAUUUGCCAACACAAAGGGGUAGGUGGGGGGUGGAAGGACUACCUCUAAAAUGGUGCUGUCUCUUAUUUUGUGUAUUUCCCACUUUAGGAACUACUGUAUUGUUAAGAUUUGCUUGGAAGGGGAAGUAUGAUGGUAGAUUAUAUGCUGU